ACCUGGUAGGAGAGUGAAGUCGGAGGCCAGAUGUAUCUGGGGCUUAAACCCCAACAGGUGCCUAUCCAGAAGCAGGAGCAUGACCUGAGUCUGCUGGUAGCUGAGAGCAAUAUGGGGCUAGAGGCCAUUUAAUCUUAGUCUUCACUGCUGAUAAAGAUUUGAUUCAAGUGCACCUACCUGGCUUAGUUGUCCACUUGAGAGAGCCUACAGCAGGAGUUGAUUGGCAUUACCUAUGGAGAGGAUACAUGGGGCCAUAAUGAUGUUAUCAGAGAAUCACUGAACGAAGACCUCAGAAAUAAUACCUGAUGGAUGUUGGUUGUCUUUUAGUUUUUUCGUCAAUUCUAUACCCAACCUAAAUAUAGUCUCUCAACUUCUUAAAAAUUCUGAAGUGUCUCUCAAGUGUCAGGAGUUGAAGAGAAAGGAUCCGUUGACCUGCAGAGGAAGCAGGUGCCUUGCUGGCUACAUCUACACCAGCUCUGAAAAGAAAACAAGAACCAGAUACAUUCCUUGAAUGAAGCACCAUGGCCAGAUUUUUACAGACCCUGAUGUUCUUGGUGAUCACAGUGGAAUUUGUAUCUAGAAGAGUCGAAGCCUGGGGCUCACCAACGAUUGUAAGGCCAUUUGAAGACAUCCCCAAAUCCUAUGUCUAUGUCCAGCAUGCACUCUGGUAUGCCAUGAAAGAAUACAACAAGGCCAGCAAUGAUCAAUACAACUUCAAGGUGGUGGAUAUCCUAAAAUCUCAGGAGCAGAUCACAGACAGCUUGGAGUAUUAUCUUGAAGUAAACAUUGCCCGAACAAUGUGCAAGAAAAUUGCAGGAGACAAUGAAAACUGCUUGAUUCAAAAUGAUCCUAAAAUGAAAAAGAUGGUGUUUUGCAUUUUUAUUGUUAGCUCGAAACCAUGGAAGUUCGAACUUAAAAUGCUGAAGAAACAAUGUAAAGAUAUCUAAUCAGCAUCCAGUACACCUUGCCACUCUUUUCUUUUAAAUGAAUAAAGAUGCUUGCAAGAGAAUGGACCACCA